AUGCCUAAGGAGAAGACCACGACUCGCAAGGGCGGCAAGGAGCGCGUCCAGCGCCGCAAGAAGGACCCCAACGCCCCCAAGCGUGGUCUGUCCGCUUACAUGUUCUUCGCCAACGACAACCGUGACAAGGUUCGCGAGGAGAACCCCGGUAUCACCUUCGGCCAGGUCGGCAAGAGUCUUGGUGACAAGUGGAAGGCUCUCACCGAGACCGAGCGCAAGCCCUACGAUGCCAAGGCUGCCACCGACAAGAAGCGUUACGAGGAAGAGAAGGCCAAGUACCAGGCUCAGCUCGCUGAGGAGGAUGAGGAGGAGUCCUCUUAA